CUCCUCAUCAACCAAAACAAACCAUCUUCACAAAAUGUAUUUCCAAGCCUUCUUCAUCUUCUCCCUUAUCUUCAUCUCCUCCUCUGAAGCCGCUGUCCUCGAUUUCUGUGUCGGGGACUUGAACUUGCCUGACGGUCCCGGUGGUUACGCUUGCAAAAAACCUUCCAAAGUAACUGCUGAUGACUUUGUAUUUUCCGGCUUAGCAACUCCAGUUAAGCUAAACCCUAUCAUCAAAGCCGGGGUAACUCCUGCAUUUGCUCCACAAUUUCCAGGACUCAAUGGCCUUGGCAUAUCAAUGGCUAGGCUUGAUUUGGCUAUAGGUGGAGUUAUCCCAAUGCACACACACCCUGGAGGAUCCGAAGUGCUUUAUGUUGUCCAAGGAAAUAUUUGUGCUGGAUUCGUUUCGUCCUCAGACAACAAAGUUUUUUUCAAGACCCUUAAACCUGGAGACAUUAUGGUUUUCCCACAAGGGUUGUUGCAUUUCCAGAUUCAUUCAGGGAAAAGUCCAGCUGUGGCUAUGAUUUCAUUCAGUAGCCCAACACCAGGUCUUCAAAUUACAGACUUUGCUCUAUUUGCUAAUGAUUUACCUACUGAAAUUGUGGCAGCUACCACGUUCCUUGAUGCUGCUACAAUCAAGAAGUUGAAGGGAGUUCUUGGUGGCACCAACUAAUGAAGAAAACUUGUUUUUGCUUUUUUAAUUGGAAUAAUUUCGAUGAAUCUUUAAUUGGGGUCUUUUUGUUUAGGUUUAUUUUAGUUGUGUCCGAAAAUUUCAUGCCUUUGAUGUCUUGUUCUGGCGUGUCUUGUUUGAGUGUCAAUUUGUUGAAUUUGGUUUCUGGAUUCUAGUUACCUUUGUCAUUUGUUUGCAAGGUAUCAAUUCAGUUCAUGUAAUUUAUUUUCUUUAAUAAGAAUUUUAGUUUUAUGCA